UUAUUAUAAUGAUUCUCCUGCUUCACUUUUAGGGAAAAGAGUUCUUGCUGUUAUCUUUACUUGGUCAGGAGCUUUGGUGUCUACAAAAAUGUAUUUGUGUUCUGAUUUUUUUAAACCUUUCAAUCAUACUUAUCCAACUAAGAAUUUGACACAUCCUACAAGUUUUCCUUAUAAAUACUACCUCAAACAUUUUCAGUUUCUUUAUAUCCUUCUCUGUUAUUACAACAUCUUACUUUUUUUCACCCUUAUGGCUAGAUCAUCGGUGAAUAACAUUUCUGAACAGAUGGAGGAAGUUUCAAUCAGUGAAGAACCUAUUAGAAGAAGGGUUGUUAUGCACUCGAAUACUCAAUCCUAACUGGAAUUCGAGAUUGGAGAUAUUGUCUUGCUGGUAAACUUUAUUCCCCCGGUGUUAUGAUAUGGCAAGAUGUUGAACGAGCUGCCAGAUUCAUUUGGCCUCAUCUGAGGAGGCACAAUCAAUGGUUGGUUCAGGUGGAUUGGUUUCUUUUAUGAAAAACAGCCUUACAGACUUUGCUCUGAGUGUAAGGUACCUAAUCAUGAAGAAAAUGAUUGUGCUUAUAUAACUAAUCGAAGACGUGAAAUGGAAGAGACUGUAAUAGGAUUUGGUUUUGUUGAGCCGGUUUUACCUCCUCAAAGAAAUCCUCAGCAAGAAGCUCAACUAUUUUUACAACAUGGUACUCAACGGAGAAACAGACUGCGUCAACCAAUUGCUCUAGAACAGCCGAGGCCUUUUGAUGGAAUGCGUCUAUCCAUCUUCUCGGCUACUGAUUCUGAUGCUGCAACUUCAUCAUCCUAUCAUGAUCAGUCUCAUCUUUUAUCUUCCGUAAGGCCAUAUUCUACACUGACAAGUGAUGUUGCUAGUACGAGUGGUACGAAGAAGCGAUAUCGUCGACCCCCAACCUUGGUUAUAACUCCUGAGAAUCAACUUGAAGAUGCUGAGUUUGAUAGAGAUGUUGUUAUUGUUAGAGAAACAUCUUCUGUUCAAGAUGAUACUGCUACCGUUGAAGAGAAUAAUGUUUGGGACAUUGCUGCAGCACAUGCCCUUAAUGCACAGAACAAAACUGAUGCAUGGCAACAGGUGGUUUUCUCAACUCGUUUUUCUUUAUUGAGAUUUCACUCUUUCCUUAAUCUGUGUUGUUUUUCCCUACCUUUUUAUCUAUCUUUUUCAUUAUUUACAUCAUGAAAAUUCUGUCUUGGAACUGUCAAGGUAUAGGAAACCCUCAUACUAGAGACUAUCUUAGUUUCUGUUUAACCAGUAAUGAUCCAGAUAUUUUUUUCUUGUGCGAAACCAAAGCUCAGUCCAAUAAUAUGCGACUAUAUCUUUCUAGAACUAAAUACCCUAAUUAUUGGUUUGAUCCUUCUUUGGGCCUUUCUGGUGGUAUUUCUCUUGCCUGGAAACAAGGAAUUGAUGUUGAAAUAAUGCACACUACCUCUGAUACAAUACAUGUUAUUGUACACACUCAUGAUAAUAACUUGGAUUUUUUGGUCACCUUUAUGUAUGGAGUGCGUGAUGUUGUAGGCAAUAACAAUCAGUGGAAAUAUUUGAUUGAUAUGUAUUCUUCUGUUGAUCUCCCGUGGGUUUUUUUAGGCGACUUGAACUUCACUAUGAAUGACUCUGAAACCUAUGGUAUUAAUGCAUCUCAUCCUCAUCAUGCUAGACAUGUUAGGAAUUUUAUUCAGCAAAUGGGUCUCAUUGAUUUGGGUUAUUCAGGAGCUGACACUACUUGGUCGAAUCAUAGAGAUGGAGAUGCUCAUGUCUCUGUUAGAUUAGAUAGAGCCUUAGUGAACUGUUGUUGGAUUAAUAAUUAUACUAAUGCUCAUAUGCAACAUUUAGUUCCCAUUGCUUCAGACCACAGUCCUAUUUUGUUACAUAUUGUUCCUAGUGCUAGAAAACACACUCCUUUUAAGCUAUACAAGUGUUGGUUCCAAGUGUCCUCUUGUAAAGACACUAUCCAUCAAAGUUGGCAACAACAAUUUAAUGGCUAUCCUUCUUUUCAGUUAUCAAGUAAGUUAAAAUUCACUCGAUUUCAGCUGCAAUUGUGGAAAAAAAUUCUCUUUUGGGAAUAUUGAGUGCAAUCUUCAUAAUAUUCAGAAUCAACUGCAACGUUGUUAUGAUGAUAAUUUUCCAGCUUCUCAUCCUUUGAUUCGACAGUUAAGUUCUUCUCUUCAACAGUGGAUAACAGUCCAUAAAGAAUUCUUUAUGCAAAAGGCAGGUGACAAGUUUCUUGAAGCAGAUAGGAAUACAUCAUAUUUUCACUCAAUGGCUAAUUUCAAUAAAAAGAGAUCCAACAUUCAGGCUAUUCAAGGGCCUUUGGGUAUAUGGUAUGAUGAUCGGAGUAACAUUGAGUCUAUUUUUCUUAACCAUUUUGUGAAUAUUUCAAGUACUUCUAAGCUGCAAAUUAAUCAAGAUAUUUUGCAGCUGUUUUCUCCUUGUAUCACAGAAGACCAAAACUUUCAGCUUAUCCGAGUUCCUGAUGCUCAAGAAAUUAAGGAUGUUGUCUUUCAUAUUAGACCUUGGUAUUCUCCAGGUAAUGACGAUUCCAAGCUGCUUUCUAUCAACAAUGCUGGGAGACAGUUGGAUCUGAGGUAAUCUCCAUGGUUCAUCACUUCUUUACCUUCAAGCAUAUGCUCAAGGCUAUAAAUCAUACAUAUCAAGUUCUGAUACCCAAAACUUAUAACCCUCAAACACCAGCUGACUACAGACCAAUUAGUCUGUGCAAUGUUAGUUACAAAAUCAUCUCAAAAAAUUUGGCGAACCGUCUUAAACCUUUACUGCCUGACAUUAUUUCUCCUACUCAAACUGCCUUUGUUACAGGCAGACAUAUCCAUGAUAAUGUUAUUAUAGCACAGGAGAUUCUGCAUAGUAUGAAAAUUAAGAAGAUAAAUAAGGCUUUGGUAGGUUUAAAGUUAGAUAUGUCGAAAGCAUUCGACCGGGUAGAAUGGUUUUUUUUAUUAUCAAA